AUGAAUGUUACAAGAUCAACUAUUAACAAUAACAACAAGAUAUGGUUAAAAUACUAUUCUACUACUAAUACUAAGUUACUUAUACUGAAUGCUCAAGAGAAUUUAUAUCAAUUACUUGAAGAGAACGAUAGAUCAUCAUAUAUUAUAUCACAUUAUAUUCCUGAACCUUGCAGAAAUUCAUUCUUAGCUAUUAGAGCUUUUAAUUUUGAAAUUAAUAAGAUUAAUCAAGGUGGGUCCAAUUCUCAAUCAAUUGCUUAUAAAGCAUCAAAUCAAUUAUCAAAUACCCUUGGUGCUUCAACUUCUGAUUUAAAAUUUAAAUUUUGGAGUGAUUUAUUAUUAAAAGUUUUUACAUCAAAUUCAAAUCAAUUAGAUUUUGGUGAACCAAUUGCAAUCUUGUUAAAAGAUGGUUUAAAUAAUAAUCUAAAUUUAGAUUUGACCUGUUUUCAAAAAUUUUUACAAACUAGAAGAUUAUUUAUUAAAAAUAAUGGUACUUUCAAAUCUAUUAAUGAUAUUUGUAGUUAUGGAGAAGGAACAUAUUCUCAAUUGAAUUAUUUAACUCAAGGUUUAUUAUUAUCACUGUCAAUAUCUCCAUCAUCAAUUGAAUUAUUAGAAAAUUCAAAAAUUUUACAAAAUUUAUUAAGUGAUAUUUCUGCUCAUAUAGGUCAAGCUACUGCUAUUGGUUCAAUGAUUAUUGCAUUACAAUAUUAUGCAAAAUCAAGAAAUCAAAUAAUUUUACCAAUUGACUUAAUGAAUGAAAAUGAAUUAUCUCAAGAAGAGCUAUUAAAAUUAUUUCAAGGUUAUAAUAAUGAUAAUUCAAAUGAUAUUAAAGAGAAAUUAAAGAAUAUUGUAUUUGCAAUGGCAACUACUGCUAAUGAUCAUUUAUUAAGUGCAAGUGAUAAAUUAAAUAAAUCAAAAUUGGAAAUUAAAGAAGUUAUAAAUAAAGUUAAUAAUGGUGAGAUUAAUAGUCGAUUGAUAAGUGGAAAUUAUCCAAAAUGGAGAGGUGAUAUUCCAGACGCUUUAUUUAUUCCAUUUAUGAUUAAUAUUCCAACAAAUUUAUAUUUGAAGAAAUUGGAAAAAUAUGAUUUUGAUGUUUUCAAUUCUAAAUUACAUCAAAAGGAAUGGAGAUUAGCAUGGACAUCAUUUAAGAAUUAUUAUAGAAGAAGUAUAUAA